GUCAGAGACGGUGCAAUUCUCGCACAUGCGCAUCGAUGCGACAUCAUUGCCUUUAACACACGUUACGUUGCAGCUUUAUAGUUUAGUUAUUCGCGCGCUUUUGUAUCGCAUAGAUCUAAGCCAUCUGAAGUGAAUAUAUAUUUAACGUUGCGCUUUCUAAAACAAUAUUUUGUUUCGAUUUUUCAUGAGCCGUAUACAUUCGAAUUAACGAUCUUCGCCAUGGUUUCUUUCGAAUAUAGCGAAGACCGGAGCUCUUACGUGUUUAUGCCGGUGCUCGUGAGUGCUUGUGCUAUCCCAAUUUCGAUGAUCUUUUGGAUAGCGAAUGUGGCCUACUCGAUAUUGUCGCCAGAAUCUUUGAACUCUACGGAAGGAUAUCCAGUGAUCUCACCAUGGAGAUGGUUGACUGCGGUUGUGAUACCGUUUUUGUGCGCUUUUUGGGGUUUCCGUAGGAAAUCUGUAGACAUCAGUGGUGCACUUUUCGGUUUGUUCCUGGGUUUUAUAUUAACGCUCUCGAAUUUCGCUCACUUGAUGGCCAUCAUGACGUUUUUCAUCACUUCGUCCAAAGCUACAAAAUUUCGGUCAGCACGAAAGAAAAAAUUUGAAGCCGAGUUUAAGGAAGGUGGCCAGAGGAAUUGGGUGCAGGUGUUGUGUAACGGUGGGAUGGCCGCACAAUUGGGUGUGUUGUAUCUAUUGGAUGUUGGAUAUGGAGAACGACCCAUCGACUUUGACAAAGAUUAUCGAAGCUCAUGGCUAUCCAUCGGGAUAUUGGCAACAUUUGCGUGUUGCAACGGCGACACGUGGGCUUCAGAAUUCGGUACGGUGAUCGGCACUGGUGACCCUUUCCUCAUUACUACGAGGAAAAGGGUGCCAAGAGGAACGAACGGCGGUGUAUCAUGGGUAGGCCUCUUAUUUUCCUUCCUUGGCGGUUUGGUAGUUGGCCUUUCCUACUAUAUCACAGUAUUAAACACUGUCGAUACGGCUGUCCUGCAACUAGCUGCACCGCAGUGGCCUAUUGUAGUCGUCGGGGGCUUAGCUGGAUUAUUCGGUAGCAUUAUGGAUUCUAUUCUGGGCGCAACUCUACAAUAUUCUGGAAUAAAUGAGAACGGUGCUAUAGUGGAGCGACCAGCGAAAGGUGUGAAACACAUUUGCGGUAAGCAACUUCUAGAUAACCACAGUAUAAAUCUUUUGUCCAGCAUCGUUAUCGCUCUUACUUUUCCGAGGUUAUCGAAUAUCUUCUGGCCGUAAGCGAAGUCUAGAAACAAAAAAUGUUAUUGCGUCCACAAUGUAUAAAUAUCUCU